UAUGUCACCGGGGUAUAUUAGUAAACAUAUUGUGGCUUUUCUGUGUACUCGAAUAUACCCAUACUUCAUAAACUGGAUAUGGUAUCGAUAGAGCGUAGGCCUAAGAUAUGGCAACAGUGUAAGGAUGGCUGGAGCUGAUAAAGGUCCAAACCAGGGCCAGACCCCCUGUGAUCAGACAAAAAAUGCUAUGACUCUUGACAAGAGCAGAGGUGUUUGGAUCGUAUGUCCACCAGAGGAUACAUUCGGAGAUGUCCAGUCUAAUGUACCUUGUCCCAUAGAGAACUGUGGUCAGAUCCUUCCCAAUACUAGCUGUCUACGUAUGCACGUCACGAAAACACAUGGGAUUGUCGAUCAGAAAAGCAGUUCAGCGAAUCGCAAUAACAAAGAUAAAAAUGGAGACUUUCCCACAGAAUAUCAUUGCCCAAAAACUUCAUGUCCAUAUAACAUUUCAUCACCGAGACACUUUGCCUCCAUGAAGCUGCUCAAACAGCACUUCAAUAAGGUCCACGGAGAGAAAAAGUACAAGUGUGGAAAAUGUGGUGCUGCAUUUAGCUUGAGUCGUGACAAAGAUCGCCAUGAGGUCAGAUGUGGCGUUGUCUAUAAGUGUGCAACUUGUCAGUGCCCCUACACCACACGGGAGGCUAUGCUAACGCACUGUCAACGAAAGUCACAUGACAUACCUGCAGAGAUCAUCAAGGCAAGAGAGGAACUUGCAGCAAAAAAAAUGAAGAAGUCAAAAAAACGACAGUUUGAGAACCAGCUUCCUGGCCAGGAUCCCUUCCAAGGACAACCACCUCCUAAAGUAAUUCUAGUUAACAUCCAACCAACACCUCCAAGUCUUCAAACAAAUCCAGGCUCACUGGGGACAAAGGUUACUCACCUCAAACCUAUUCUUUGCAAGCCCACUCCAAACCUCAAUGUGAUCCCAUUAACCACAGUCACUGUGACUGUUGACAAUAUCAAGGUCAAACAGAAAAAAGUAGAGGACAAACAGAAUGCAGAUAAUCAGAAAAACUUACAUGAAAGGGGAGAUAAUCAUGGCAAAAUGCCAAGGAAUGAGAGUCAUGUUUCAGGUGAAAAUCAAUUAGCAAAUACUCAGACACAAGCUCUGCUGAUGGAGACUGGAAUGCAAACAAAUGUGACAAUUCCACAAAGGAAGACAACAGAUCAACAACGAAAUGCUGCACAGACACAGACAUCAGGUGAUCUCAUAUUACAGACUGCCAUGGCAACUGCAAAUAUUCCAAUUCAUAAGUUGUCUGUUGGGACACAAAUGACCCCAAGGUCCAAGGUCAGGGCACUUGAAAAAGGCAGGACCUGUUCCAGUGAAACGCAGACAGUUAAUGAACAGACAGCCGUAAGGAAGCGUCGACGACGUAAAGGAUCCCUCAUAGGGGAACCACUAAGAAUGGACUCAACUUCCCAAACAUCAGCAGCUCACCCUCUAGCUCUCAUCACAAUGACAAGUGACUCCACAUGUCAGGUUGAGAGUGUGGGGAUGAUGAGCACAUGUGCACAGACAAAUAGAAUGGUGGAUAACAUAUGUCAAACUCUUGCCAUGCCCCUUCAAGAUGUCAUCAACCCUGACGAUGUGUUUCUGUAUUCUUCCUCAGCAGCACACAAAGUUACAAUGGGUCCAAGCAACAGUCCUCCAAAAGACAUGAACACUUUUAUUUCUCCCACUUCCAAUGCACCUGUGAACGCAGACAAUGGAAUGGAGGAUUCUAUGCGGAUUAGAGUACCACAGACUUAUUCUAGGCGAUCAAGAGCGACAGGUAAACGUAGGAAAGCUGUUGCAGAUUGUUCACCUUCUUUGGUACCUAAUCAACACUCUGGUAACAUGGCUGUUGAAACAUCAAGAAGCCCAGUUUCUAACAUUGGUUCCAGAGUUUCAUUGAAUAAAAGAAGUAAUAACACCCAGGGCACAUCCACAGAUUUGGACCUGGGGGAUGAUUUUCAGAACUUUCUUAUUUCAACUUGUAGAGAUAUAUCUGUAGGAACAGAUGUUGAAGAUAUACAAUCUUCUGCCAGGGACAUUGUUUACACAAAACGCAUGCCAUCAUCAUCUUUUAGCAAUUUGGUGGAAGCAUCUACCCAAGUUAUGGAUUCUAUAAAUACAUCCUCUUCUGCUUCUUCACAAUUUGGCAUCACUCAAACAAGUGUAUUUGGUGGUCAAACUUCAAAGGGUCAGGAUGCUGGCUCAAUGACCUCUGACUCCCAGCAAACUAUUUCUGAGUUUGUUUCACUGACUGACUCUCAAGUGCAGACUUUGACCUCAGCAUCAGACCUGGACUCUCUGUUACUACGGACAGCUCAGACUAAUACCAAUGCCUCUGACACGCUGAUGGACAUGCACACUCAGACCAUCAAUGACUUUGAUAUGUUUGAUUUGUUAAUGAACAACAUGGAGACCCAAACAACUGAUGACCUUGACCUGGAUAACUUCACCUUUACCGACAUCCAGACACAGACCAUGUUUGAUUUCCAGUCAGUAGAUGAUCCGCUUUCAACAAUGGUAGGGGAAGAUACACAGUCCUCAGCCACACAAACCACUUCUGUUCAACGAAGCGGGAUGUCUACUGAUGCGCUACAUCAGAGCGAGGCUACCCAAACACCACAGCUCGGCUCUACCUGUCUCACUGACACAGAGACACAAACCACACUCCCUGGUCUCUUUUCCUCCACUGACACUCACACACAGACUACACUGGAUGACCUUGCCAAUAUCUUUGCUCAGUUUGAUUAACUAAGUGUGUAGUGACACUGUAUAUGAUAUACUGUAAGAGGUGAUAUUUUUGUGGAUUCUUAUCUUUACUAUUUUCAAGGAUGCAAAUAAAUCUCCAGCAAUAAAUACAUUAAAAAUAAAAUGAAUGAAAUUAGGAAAAGGUGAUAUUUUUGUGGGUUCUUAUCUUUGAUAUUUUCAAGGAUGCAAUAAAUCUCCAGCAACAAAUACGUUAAAAAUGAAAUUAAUAAAAACUUCUUGUACAUGUCAAAAAUUGAGUGAAAAUACAUCUUUUCUGUUUUAGCCUUUGGCAAACUGCAAAAAUUUGAAACCUUGGGGGGAAAAAACGUAUUUGCCGUCGAAUUUGAAAUGUUAAAUUGUAUUAGAGACUUAACAAUUCGAGGUAAAUUGUAUUUGGUGUGAUCAUGUCAAAUUUGGUGUGGGCAUUUACUGUUAAAGAACUUCAGGUUAAGCUUCAGUUAGGAAGCCUCAAUUGAUUAUUUCUUAAAUAAGGCUUCAAUCUAAUCCUGAAGUACCCAGAUAUAUCCCACUGUAAUUCAUCUUUGUACGUAGUUAAUUCAGAGUCUCAUUAUUCUACGAUAAGUCUGUGUUACAUGUCAAUUCAGAGUCUCAUUAUUCUAUAAUAAGUCUGUGUGGCACAUCAAUUCAGAGUUUCAUUAUUUUACAAUAAGUCUGUGUGGCAUGUCAAUUCAGAGUUUCAUUAUUUUACAAUAAGUCUGUGUGGCAUGUCAAUUCAGAGUUUCAUUAUUCUAUAAUAAGUCUGUGUUGCAUGUCAAUUCAGAGUCUAAUUCUGUAAUAAGUCUGUGUUGCAUGUCAAUUCAGAGUCUCAUUCUGUAAUAAGUCUGUGUGGCAUGUCAAUUCAGAGUUUCAUUAUUUUACAAUAAGUCUGUGUGACAUGUCAAUUCAGAGUUUCAUUAUUUUACAAUAAGUCUGUGUGGCAUGUCAAUUCAGAGUUUCAUUAUUCUAUAAUAAGUCUGUGUUGCAUGUCAAUUCAGAGUCUAAUUCUGUAAGAAGUCUGUGUUACAUGUCAAUUCAGAGUCUCAUUCUGUAAGAAGUCUGUGUUACAUGUCAAUUCAGAGUCUCAUUCUGUAAGAAGUCUGUGUUACAUGUCAAUUCAGAGUCUCAUUCUGUAAGAAGUCUGUGUUACAUGUCAAUUCAGAGUCUCAUUCUGUAAGAAGUCUGUGUUACAUGUCAAUUCAGAGUCUCAUUCUGUAAUAAGUCUGUGCAGUGAGUUAAUUCAGAGUUCCAGUUCCUCUAAAAUUAAUUUUGAAAUAAGAUUCUGCAGCAAGUCAAUUCGUUGUAUUUAAGUACUUACCUAUGAUGAUUAUCAUACUGUAAGGCCACAUAGUGAAUCAACUCAAAAGUCUUCACUGCCCAUGGUUAUUGUAUAUUAAGUCCAGUGACACCCAUGAUUAUACUACAAUAAGCCUAUGCAUUGAGUCAGCUCCUUGCCUCAGACUUGAUCUAUUCACAUUUGGUCUUUUUUAAAUCCUUUCCAGAAUUCAUCUUGACCCACAAUCCUGAUGCUCAAACACGGAGAGUGGGCUUUGGGACGGUGAGUCACCGAAAAUGUUAGGAAAUGUAUAUAUCAAUUCUAUGAGUAAGUUUUUUAGUAAUCUUGAUUUACACUCUCUGCUAUGAAAAUUGAGAGGAAAUGCCAUGGCCAGCAGUCUGACUCCCUUGACAGGUAAACACUUCUGGUCAAUAUCAAAUCUGUAAAAUGAAUUAGGUACUUCCAUGGCAACAGACUGUGGUAUAGAAAUGUUUUUCUUGUUACAUAUACAUGUAUCUAAAUAUAUAUACUCAUACUAUUUAUUUAAAGUGGGAAGUUUACCUUGUUGAAAUAUUAAUAUAAUCUUAACUGACACUUAGACUAGACAUGUUAUAUUGUACAUUUGUGAUAAUCGUCCAUUUGGUUACUUUUAUUUUUCAGUUGGCUGUGCUUAUUUAUUUUAUUGACAUGAAAUGUAUUUGUUGCAAUUAAAUUAUAAAUUAGAAAACU